GGUAAGAACAUCAGGUGCCAAGCAAAUAGAAGAGAAAGUCCUGACCGUCAAAUAUUUGACUAUUUAAUAUUUGAACCAAUGCGCUUCUCUCAAUUCUUAAUUCUUUCCCCAAUUAUCUACAUACAUUUAUUAUACAUAUUACACGCUUCCCGGAAUUAUCACGUGUAAUCCCAUUCGCCCACUUACACGCUUAUACAUACCUUCGCUUAUACCAUCUACCAUCUACAUCCAUCAACCAUCAUCUUUUUUUUUCCCCCUUCUCUCAAGAACACAGUACAGUGGACCCAAUGUGUUUCGGAAGUAAAGACAAAACCACCGAUCCAGCUCCCAGGCCGGUCCCUCAAUCAUCACCAUCAUAUACCACCGCCGCCUAUCCCAAAGCCAGCAUGCCGCAGGACUACGCGCCCCCUCCCGGACCCCCGCCAUCUCACGGCCACUACUACGCUCCCCCGGCCGGCCCACCUCCCUCUCAUCAGGAGUACGCGCCUCCCCCGGGCCCGCCCCCUUCCGACACAAAGAACAACCCCUUCUUCAACUCCAACUCCAACUCCAACCAGCAGCAGCAGCAGCAGCAUGACUGGCAAACCGCCGUCCCAGACACUUCCCUUCUCCCUCCCCCACCCAACUUUUUCAGCGGCUACGACCGCUCGCCCGCCAACAACGCCACCGAGGACGAAUGCGAAGCCGGCGAGUCCUGGUGCGCUUCGUACCCCCUCUACAGCCCCAUGCCCCUCAGCCCCCCCGCCGAAUCCGCCGCCCUAACCGGCACCAUCGCCCUCUACGCCCCUCCCACAUUCACCUCAUCGGGCGGGACCCUCACCCCCGUCCGUCCGGGUGUAUGGAGCGUAUCUUCCCCCCGCCACGGCCGCGACACCUGUCUGGCGACGUACCCGCCCUUAUACCACGCCGCGGCGCACAGCCCCCUAGUCACCACCACCGGCAGCCGCAAGAAGAAGACAGCGUACUACGAAGUCCGGGUCCUCGAGCGCGGCACCCGCAGCGGCAAAGACGAGGUCUCCCUCGCGCUGGGCUUCGUGGCCCCGCCGUACCCUGGCUUCCGAUUACCAGGGUGGCACCGCGGGAGCCUAGGCGUGCACGGGGACGACGGGCACCGGUACAUAAACGACCGGUGGGGCGGGAAGGAGUUUACGACGCCGUUCCGACGGGGGGAGACGGUGGGUCUCGGGAUGGAUUUCUGCCAGCGAGGUGACGGGGGGAUUAGCGUGGAAGUAUUCCUGACGCGGGACGGUGUGGAAAGGGGUCGGUGGAACUUGCACGAGGAGACGGACCGGGAGACGGAUUUGCCGGUUACGGGGCUCGAGGGGUAUCAUGAUUUGUGCGCGGCCGUGGGGGCGUUUGAUAAGGUGGCGUUUGAGGUUGUGUUUGCGCCGGAGCUGUGGAGGUGGAGGGGGUAUGAGGGAUAGAUGGUGGUGGUGGUUAGGAGUAGGGAGG